CCCACACUAGCUAGACCAAUCUCCAUUAUCAAAAUCUCUUAUAACUGAAUAUAUUUGAAGUAAAAGCAAAGAAAACUCAUCAAACCUUCCAACCUUAUAGCAAUCAUGAUCCAAUAAUAAUAAUAAUAAUAAUAUUGUCUCACAUAUCUCUCUCCUUUCCAUAUCUCUCAAUCUCUCAAACAAAUUCAAACACCAUGGAAAUAACACCAAAAUCAUCAGUCAUGGAUUAUCAUUCCAACGUGGAUUCUUCACGCCCUUUUCGCUCCGUCAAAGAAGCCGUAGCCAUCUUCGGUGAACGAUUUCUGGCUAAAGAAAUCUAUUCUCCAAAGCCUUUCACAUUUCCAACUCAAGAAAGUCCAUGGAAUACAAACAAUUAUUCUCCUACAAGUGCUAAUUCUCAAGAAAUUGUUAUAAGUGCCACGUCAUGGAAAUCUGCUUCUUCACCAAGUCCUCAAGAUUUGAAUGAUCCUAUUGUUGUGGAAGCACUGAAGAAGCUAGAAACUGAGCUCGAAGAAACAAAGGCAGAAUUGAAGCUUAUGAAAGCAAGAGAAUCUGAAACUGAAAUCGCAUUAGCUUCUUUAAACGCAGAGCUUCAUAAGAACAUGUCGAAAUUGGCUCAUGCUGAAGCAGCUCACGCAGGUGCAAUGGCAGCAGCAAAAUCAGUGAAAGUCAACAACGAAGAUUAUGGCUAUAAGAAAAAGGAAAUGAGAUCAGUGAAAUGGGAAUCAUCAUCACCAACAUUAGCAGAGAUGUUAACAAUUGGAGAAACAGAUCUAGGUUUGCUUGGGAAGAAAAAGGAAAAAAAGAAGACAAUGAAGAAGAAGCCUAUCAUUCCACUUGUUGCAGAGUUGUUCUCAAGGAAAAAAAGAAGUUCUACUAGUGUUGAUAAUCCACUUUUUGCUUCUUCUCAUCUUUUCUGAAAUGAAGAGAAAUAAUAAUGAGAAGAACUACACUAAUUACUAUAUAUCGUUGCUUGAUGUAACUUAAUUUUUCUUCGUCUUCUGGAUUUUUCGUUGAGAUUCAAGCUUGAGGAAACACCAUAAUCUUUUUAAUUCGUGUGUUUGUGUAUAGUGAUGCUCUUUUUUUGGUUCCUCUCAAAGUUUUAUAUUUCAUCAUUUUUCAAUAUUUCCAUGUGUCAAUGUUCUAGAAGGAGUACUA